GACCGCACGCGCGGCAAGCCCUGCAUCAUACGUGUGUCCGAGCACUUCGGCAUCCGAACUAUACAGCGUACAACGUGAGGACGGGGUAUCAGCGGACAGAGAGAGAGAGAGAGAGAACAAAGUGUCGUUUCCCUCGCCGGAAUAUUCCGAUUCUUCAGGUGAGAGAAAGUCUUGGCUUUUAGGGGGGAGGAAACCGACUUUAUUCAGCUGUGAUGCACCUUGUUCGUGAAAAUCUGUUCAUUGGGAAUAUUUCAGAUGCAGCAGAAGUCCUCCAAAAUGGCAGCGCCGAGGUUACUCAUCUUCUGUCAGUGCUGAGCUCUGCCUCCAUAUCGUUUUUCUCUGAGUGGCGUAGCAGUUUAACGAUACCCAGUAAAGAAAUCAAGAAGGUCUAUGUUGGAGGUUCGGGUGGCGCUGUGGAUUCUGAAGAUGUCAGGGUUGAUGGGUCCAAGAGUUGUUUGUCGCCUGAGAAGCUCUUGUAUUCCCUGGAGCAUGCAGGGAAGGAUUUGAAGUUCGUGAGAAUGGCGGUGCCGGUUAGGGAUACGGAGAGUGAGGUCUUGUUGGACUAUUUAGAUCCAUGCUUGGAAUUCAUUGAAAAGAGUCGGAAAGAGGGGUCGGUCUUGGUACAUUGCUUCGCUGGAGUGUCUAGAAGUGCAGCUAUUAUCACAGCAUAUCUGAUGAGAUCAGAGCAACUAUCUGCAGAAGACGCACUUGAAUCCCUGCGGCAAAGUUGCGAGUUUGUUUGCCCAAAUGAUGGUUUUAUAGAGCAGUUACAAAUGUUUGAGGAAAUGGGCUUCAAAGUCAAUCGAGACAGCCCCAUCUACAAGAAGUUUCGACUGAGAGUUCUGGGCGAUUCUUACAACCGUGGGGAGAAAAUAGACAGUUCCAAGUUUGCGGCAGAUCCUGGCUUGCCAACAGAAGCUCCAUCUGAAGUCAAAGCAUCUCAAAAUGGACCAGUUGAUCGCAAGAUUGCCUACCGUUGCAAGAAGUGCAGAAGGAUUGUGGCUUCUCAAGAGAAUGUUGUGGAUCAUGUUCCAGGAGAGGGCGAAUCAUCCUUUGGGUGGAACAAGAGAAGAGGCGGCAACCCUUUUAACAAAUCUGAUGAUUUCGAGUGUUCUUCUAUAUUUAUCGAGCCUUUGCGAUGGAUGACAGCUGUUGAAGAAGGGGCACUGGAGGGCAAGUUAUCUUGUGCCCAUUGCGAUGGUCGCCUUGGUUACUUCAAUUGGUCAGGUAUCCAGUGCAGUUGUGGGAGUUGGAUCACUCCUGCUUUUCAGCUCCAUAGAAGCCGAGUUGAUAUCAGCACUGUGUGAUGCUAAGAGGUCAAGAGAGGGAGGCUAUCUUGCUCGUACUUCCUGUGUCAAAUAUACUGCCAAUAAUAAAUCUAGACCUCAAUUAGGCAGCUCAAAGUAUAGUACACAAUGUCAAUACCGCUUCAUGGAUUUUGCUAUUCUGAUAAGAUGGGCAUUUACGAAUCAUGACUGGAGAUAAAGCUCGAGUUCAUCUACAGGCGAUGGCCUGGUUUUUCCGAGUCUUUGCGGAAUUGUAACGAGAGUAGGAUGAGCAUGGGGAUUCCCUUUCAGGCUUUUUGGCCUUUGGAGAGUUGAUGGUCAUUACUUGUCUAUUUGUGAUUCUUUUUAACGACUUGAGCCGUCGAGCAUUCCGGAGAAAACGAUUGCUGAGAGUCUUUGCUGUGUAGUUAAUCUCAACUGGUGCUUGAGAAACGAACUUUUCAUAAUUCAUAUAUCGUGGCUGGCUUAAGCCGCUUAAGGAAAGAGUGGCUGUAAUGAAAGACUGGCAUUCCAUAUUA